AUGUUCAGGAACGCCCUCAGACAGUCCACCCGCCUUGCGGCCGUCUCCGCUCCCCGGGUCGCGAAGGCCUCCGUCAAGCCGGCCGUCUUCAACGCCGCCUCCAACCAGCUCCGCAGCUAUGCUUCCGACGCCAAGGCUGCUCCCACCGAGGUCUCCUCCAUCCUCGAGCAGAGGAUUCGCGGUGUGCAGGAGGAGGCCGGCCUCGCCGAGACCGGCCGUGUCCUCUCCGUCGGUGACGGUAUUGCCCGUGUCCACGGCAUGAGCAAUGUCCAGGCCGAGGAGCUCGUCGAGUUCGCCUCUGGCGUCAAGGGCAUGUGCAUGAACCUCGAGGCCGGCCAGGUCGGUGUUGUGCUCUUCGGUUCCGACCGUCUCGUCAAGGAGGGUGAGACCGUCAAGCGUACCGGCGAGAUUGUCGACGUCCCCGUCGGCGAGGCUCUUCUCGGCCGUGUCGUCGAUGCCCUCGGUAACCCCAUUGACGGCAAGGGUCCCAUCAAGACCACCGAGAAGCGCCGUGCUCAGCUCAAGGCUCCCGGUAUCCUGCCCCGUCGCUCUGUCAACCAGCCCGUCCAGACCGGUCUCAAGUCCGUCGACGCCAUGGUUCCCAUUGGCCGUGGCCAGCGUGAGUUGAUCAUUGGUGACCGUCAGACCGGCAAGACUGCCGUCGCUCUCGACGCCAUGCUCAACCAGAAGAGGUGGAACAACACCACCGACGAGACCAAGAAGCUCUACUGCGUCUACGUCGCCGUUGGCCAGAAGCGUUCCACCGUCGCUCAGCUCGUCAAGACCCUCGAGGAGAACGACGCCAUGAAGUACUCCAUCAUCGUCGCUGCCACCGCCUCCGAGGCCGCUCCCCUGCAGUACAUUGCUCCCUUCACUGGCUGCUCCAUGGGUGAGUGGUUCCGUGACAACGGCAAGCACGCCGUCAUCAUCUACGACGACCUUUCCAAGCAGGCCGUUGCCUACCGUCAGAUGUCCCUGCUGCUCCGUCGUCCCCCCGGUCGUGAGGCCUACCCCGGCGAUGUCUUCUACCUCCACUCUCGUCUCCUCGAGCGUGCCGCCAAGAUGAACGACAAGCACGGCGGUGGUUCCCUGACUGCCCUCCCCAUCAUUGAGACCCAGGGUGGUGAUGUCUCGGCUUACAUUCCCACCAACGUCAUUUCCAUCACCGACGGCCAGAUCUUCUUGGAGUCCGAGCUCUUCUACAAGGGUGUCCGCCCCGCCAUUAACGUCGGUCUUUCCGUCUCUCGUGUCGGUUCCGCUGCCCAGCUCAAGGCCAUGAAGCAAGUCGCUGGUUCCCUGAAGCUCUUCUUGGCCCAGUACCGUGAGGUCGCUGCCUUCGCCCAGUUCGGUUCCGAUCUGGAUGCCGCCACCAAGCAGACCCUCAACCGUGGUGAGCGUCUGACGGAGCUCCUCAAGCAGAAGCAGUACUCUCCCAUGGCCGUCAACGAGAUGGUUCCCCUCAUCUUCGCCGGUGUCAACGGUCUGCUUGACAACGUUCCCGUCGGCAAGAUCCUCCAGUGGGAGGCUGACUUCCUCGCCCACCUGAAGACCAACGAGUCGGAGCUUCUCAGCCAGAUCGAGCGCGAGGGUGCUCUUAGCAAGGAGAUCGAGGGCAAGCUGAGGGACAUCGUCACCUCUUUCACCAAGAGCUUCUUGUAA